AAUAUGAAGAAAAACAUGAAAAUGUCAAAGAAUUAAAUGAUAUAGAAGUUGAAGAAGCUACUGUAUGGGAACCACCUAAAGGACAAACAGGUGAUGGCAGAACAGCUUUGAAUGAUAAAUAUGGGUACUAA